CUUCUUCUUCUUCCUCCUCUUCUCUCCUCUUCUCUCUCUAAUCUAACCAAACCAGGAGAAGUUAUAGAGGAAGAUCUGAUGUACUUGCUGGUGGAUCUCAACUACACCAAAGAUCAUGAUGGCCCUUGAACAAACAGAAAAUAUGGAAAGGAACUGUGAGGCUUCCUUAAAAUGCCUCCACAGUAAGGGAUUCCCUUACAACCUCCAAUGUAAUGGAAAUCCCAUUGAAGGAUUUCCAGAGCAUAAAGAUGAACCUAGUAAUCAUCCAAGUGGGGAUAAUUCUGAGUCAGACCGUCCAUUGGUCAGUGAAUUUCUGGAACCCCCAACUGAAUGUCACAACAAACCUACCUACCAUCAUGAUUUUGGCUACUGGUCACCCUUUCAUUUUGAUUCUCAAAAGUUGCAACAGUGCCAGAUGAAUGCCUUUGAGAGCCAAUUUUAUCAGUUCCAAGUUGACAAUCGAUUUCAGUAUGUUCCAUUCAAUGUGUUAGCUCAAAGCUACCCUAAUGAGCCUCAGUUCCAAGAUUUUCAGUAUUUUGUGGUUAUCGACUUUGAGGCUACAUGUGAUAAGGAGAGAAACCCUCAUCCUCAAGAGAUAAUUGAGUUUCCAUCUGUGAUAGUGAGUAGUGUGACUGGCCAACUGGAAGCAUGUUUUCAGACUUAUGUGCGGCCAACCUGCAACAAUCUUCUAAGUGACUUCUGCAAGGAUCUGACAGGCAUACAGCAAAUUCAGGUGGACAGAGGAGUUACUCUUAGUGAGGCCCUUCUUAGGCAUGAUAAAUGGCUCGAGAAAAAGGGGAUAAAGAACACCAACUUUGCUGUUGUUACAUGGUCAAACUGGGACUGUCGGGUCAUGUUAGAAUCCGAGUGUCGAUUCAAGAAAAUUCGUAAACCUCCUUAUUUUAACCGAUGGAUCAACUUAAAGGUACCUUUCCAUGAGGUUUUUGGCGGCAUGAGGUGCAACCUGAAGGAGGCAGUUCAAAUGGCAGGCUUAGCAUGGCAGGGAAGAGCUCACUGUGGCCUGGAUGAUGCCAAAAACACAGCUCGCCUACUUUCUGUCCUUAUGCGUAGGGGUUUCAAAUUUGCCAUAACAAACUCAUUGUUGUGGCAGACUGCUGAUCGCCCUUUAACAAUGAAGCUGUCACCAGAACAACUGUCACCACCUCAUCACCCUCUUAAACUGAAGGAUAUGAGUAUUCCCGUAUGCCAGUAUCCUCACCCAUUCUGUUUCUGUGGGGUGAAGAGCAGCAAAGGAAUGGUUCGGAAGCCAGGGCCAAAGCAAGGGAGCUUCUUCUUUGGCUGUGGGAACUGGACAGCCACUAGAGGUGCCCGCUGCCAUUACUUUGAAUGGGCAUCUGCGUAAAUCAAGAUCAUCUUAUCCUAAGCAUCUUGUGAAAUUCUUCUGUAAAAAAGAAAAAGGAGAAAAAGCCAAAAAAAAAGAAAGAAAAAAAGAGAGGAUGGAAGUAGAGGGGUUGUCUCCUAGUGGAAGCAAAUAUUUUUUAGCUGCUUGAGGAGGUUUCUGUUUCUUAAAGGAUUUAGAUAUAAAUAGUUGGCUCAAUGCUAAAAUGUGUGCCAAAUAUUUUACUCUAAAGGGAUCUUCAACCUGUAAAGCUUACUUGACUUGAGGUUGUCAGAAGAACAAUUUGGGUGUGAGAGAAUUGGGUAGUUAGGGUUGGGAUGGUGCUUAUUCUGCAUAUUGCCCUUCGGGCAUGCUAAGCUAUCUUAAAUAAAUUAUGAAAUAGGGACGCCUGGUUUUCGUAAUGAAAUUUCUAAUGGGGAAUUAGUGGA